AAUAUGGCGACGUUGCAAAUCGCUGUUAUCUUGAGUAUCGUCGUCGGAUCUUUGUCGUAUCCUGAACAAGGGAAGUUCCAUGCUACUUUAGGAAAGAAUGGAGGCUAUGUUGGUUUCACAAAGACUGCUUUUAAGAACACCAGGAUAAAACUUAAAGUUGACUGUGAUGGUGAAGACACUGAUGGAAUAGACUACACAGUAGGAUGGUUUUUACGCUAUACACCAUGUAGUGACAAUUACAAUAAUGUUAUUAUGGAUGAAGCGACCUAUUCAGGUUAUUAUAAUGCACCUCAAUAUAUACAAGCAAAUGAGAAGCUAACUAAAUACCAACAAAGUGAGGGUAUCAAUUUAGGUACAUGUGGAUCGCUGCUAAUGUUUAAGGAUGAAAGUGGUAUGUCACCACAAGUGUUGUUGAAUACCAAUCAGUUCUCCACCAAGACCAACACAACAGUGAGAUCUUCCACCGAGGCAAUGAAAAAAGAAAAUGUGGUAGAUGCCAAGGAUAAGUCCAAGAAAGUACGAGAUGUGGAUGAAAAUGCUCCCGAUAAAGUUUCUGAAGCUUCCAAAGAUGAUGGCAAUGCUGCUGUUGAAGCUCCUAAAGAUAAGAAUGUUGUCACAACAACCUGGGAAGAUGGCACCUAUUAUUUUAUUGUAUUCAUUCAAACGGAAACUCCAACAGAAGGUUUAAAGUUGAAAUUUUCAGUUGAUGUUGAAAUGGAGUCAUCUAAAGGUUUCAUCUCUGCAAUAGAUUAUCCAUUGUUGAUUUUCUAUGCUGUGAUGUGUGUUGUAUAUAGUUUAAUGGCAUUGUUGUGGCUGUUCUGCUCAGCCUGUCAGUGGAGAGAUCUUCUCAGAAUUCAGUUCUGGAUCGGUGGUGUGAUACUACUUGGUAAGUUGAUGGAACGAUAA